UGGUAAUUGGUAACUCCUCACUCUCAACCAACUCUGCAAUUUCAAUCUUCUACGCUCUAAAUUCUCACACACAUAAACAACCAUUUUGCUAAGAAUUAUCAAACAAAAUCGAAGAAAAUGGAAUCAUCGACGAGCAAUUUGAUGUUAACGGUGAAAUUUCUGUUAAUUUCAAUCGGAGCAGUUUCUUCAGCCAUUGCAAUUAAAUCCUCUGUUCCGUUGAUUUUAUAUGAAUUUCCUACGAUUUGGUCCGGUUUGAUUUCAUGGUUAAAGCCUCCGUACCUCUACAUUUUACUCAACGGUAUAAUCAUCAUCAUCGCCGCUACUUCUCGAUCAAAUCGUAAGGAACAACAACAAUCCGGCGAGCAAUCGCGGUCCUUAAUUUCUGCCGGAACACCUCCGGUGUACUCAGAUUUGGUAACGAUUUCCAGAUCUAAAAUGUCGGAGUAUGCGCCGGAACUGGUUGACGAACCGGAGGUGUUUGAGGUUACGCCGUUGAUUUCUGCCGGAACGCCUCCGGUGAACUCAGAUUUGGUAACGAUUUUCAGAUCUAAAAUGUCGGAGUAUGAGCCGGAACUGGUUGAUGAACCAGAGGCGUUUGAGGUGAUGCCGUUGAUUUCUGCCGGAACGCCUCCGGUGAACUCAGAUUUGGUAACGAUUUUCAGAUCUAAAAUGUCGGAGUAUGAGCCGGAACUGGUUGAUGAACCAGAGGCGUUUGAGGUGAUGCCGUUGAUUUCUGCCGGAACGCCUCCGGUGAACUCAGAUUUGGUAACGAUUUCCAGAUCGGAGAUGUGUGAGUAUGCGCCGGGACUGGUAGAUGAACCGGAAGUGUUUGAGGAGAAGACUGAACCGGUAAAUGAACCGCUGGAGGUGGUUGAAGUAAAGUCUAUGGUGACUGUAGUGAAUGAAGACGAAGGUGAAAAUGAUGAAUUUGUGAGUUCGAAUUCGAUUUUUACGCCGUUGCCUGAAGUAGAAACGGAGCUAAUUCAACGGCUAACGACUGAGAAACCGCUAGUCUCUUCGAGGUUCAGUCAUCGGAAACCGCUGAUGAGGACGAGUCCUGAAGGGGUGAAAUCACUAAGGGUAGCUAGAGUAAAAAGGCAAGAGACAUUAGAGAGUACAUGGAAGAAAAUAACGGAAGGGCGUCACGUGCCUCUCACGAGGCACCUGAACAAGGUAGACACGUGGCAACAUCAGAACCAGAACCAGAACCGGGGAAGUGAAUCCCCGGUUCAAAAUAUAAAAAAAGCACUUGAACCAUCACCGAGUCAAGAUGAGCUAAACCGGCGAGUUGAAGCAUUUAUUAAAAAAUUCAAUGAAGAAAUGAGAUUACAAAGAGAACAGUCAUUACAACAAUACAUGGAGAUGAUUAAUCGUGGAGUUUAAGUUAAUUUAGCAAUUUAUACUAUUUUUUUUAUUUGUUAGAAAAGGAAAAAAAUUAUUUUAUUUUUUGUGAAUGUGUGUGUAUAUAUAGGGGGGGAAAUAGUGCAAAUAGGGCUAGAGUUUGUGUAUAUAGAAUUGCAAUAUAUUCUAUUAUUGAAGAGGGUUAAACUUGAGAUAAAUGAAAAUUCAGUUAGUACAUUAUUCUCUCA